AUGGCCGACACCGUCAACCCCCAAGAAUCGCCUCGAUCGCCGUUCCAGACUGGCGUCCGAACCGAUGGUCGCGCCUUCAACUCGUCCAACUGGCGCAUGAAGAGCGUCGACAGCCCGCAACCCUCGUCGCCCUCGCCGUCGCGCACCAACACCUCCCGCGCCGCCUUCAGCAAGCCCGCUCCUCAUGUCCCGCAGGCCAUUUCCGAGGGCCGGCGCUUGUAUGUAGGCAACAUGCCGUACACAGCCAAGGCGGAGGACGUGGAGGCCUUUUUCACUGCCGCGCAGUUCCCGAUUGAGCGCAUCGAUAUCGCCCUCGACCCGUUCACCGGCCGGAACCCGUCAUACUGCUUCGUCGACCUGGAGAGCAAGGAGCAGGCUGAGAAGGCCAUGGCCGAGCUGGAUGCGAAGGAGUUGCUCGGUCGUCCGCUGAGAAUCAAGCCCGGCGUGGUCCGGUCGUCGGCGGACCAACAAUCGCGCUCACCUUCGACUUCCUCUCCCUCGGGCACUGUAGAUCGCUGGCGCCGGCAGGAGAACACCAGUUUUGCUAAGAUGAACAGCGACUCGAGCCAGCGAGUGUAUGUUGGAGGAUUGCCGCGGCUCAGCGAACUGGAGACGCUGCAGAGCCAGAUCCGGAGCUUCUUUAAUGGAUACACUGUGUACGUUCAGAUUCUUUCUUCCUGGGAAUCCACCAACGUGCUAAUGAUUUGCAGGGAGAAUGUCAGCAAGCUAUUCACCCCGCACCCGGCGAAGCGAUUUGAGCCCGGCGAGCAUUACUAUCUGUUUGUUGAUCUCAGCAGCGUGGACGAAGCCCAGCGGGCGAUGGAGGAGCUGAAUGGUGCCGAGGGACCCUGGGGAGGACCACUGCGGGUGCAGCGGGCCCGGGGUGGGAAUAACAGCAGUAAGGAGAGUGAGGAGUGA